AUGAGUGCUUUAAAACAGCGCAAGGAAGAAUUUGUUAGUGGCCUUACAGGUGGUUCUAUUGCGGAAAUAAAUGCAGUGACGUCUGUUGCAGUUGUUGGUUAUCUUUGCUGGAAAUUCUUACACGCAACAGCACCAACCAAAGAUGUCAAUAUUUUGGUCGAUUUCCUCCUAAACUGGUGUGCUUUACUCCUUUCGAUCACAAUUUACUCAGAUAAUCCUAUUGGACUCAAUUUACUCGUCGGUGUACCAUGCUUUUCCUAUUGGCUAUUUGCAAGAAUACGAGACAACAAUAGUAAGAAAAAAUCUCAAGAACCUCUACAAUAUGUGCUUGUCAAGCGCCCAUUCAUCACUGCUUAUCGUGGAGGAAUGUUAAUAGUCACGGCUUUGGCAAUUCUAGCAGUGGACUUUAAUAUCUUCCCUCGCCGAUUUGCAAAAGUUGAAACGUGGGGUACAUCACUGAUGGAUUUGGGUGUUGGAUCAUUCGUAUUUAGCAAUGGUGUGGUGUCAUCUAGAUCUUUGCUCAAAGAAUCUCUAACUGGAAAACACAUGGGACCGCUAUCAAAGACUUUACAGGCACUCAGAUCUGGUGGUACGGUUCUUCUGUUAGGGCUUCUUCGACUUUAUUUUGUCAAGAACCUUGAAUAUCAAGAACAUGUAACAGAAUAUGGGGUCCAUUGGAACUUUUUCAUUACGCUUUCACUUUUACCAUUUGCUAUGCUUAUUAUUGAUCCAUUGUCAAGGCGAAUUCCAAGGGUUGUUAUUGCCGUUUUUAUUUCAUUUGCAUAUGAGUUUAUGAUGCUCUUUAAAAGCAAAUUUUUAGAAUACCUGAUAGCCAGUGAUAGAACGAACUUUAUCAGUGCCAACCGUGAAGGAAUUUUCUCGUUUUUAGGUUAUUGCUCAAUAUUUUUAUGGGGGCAAAACACAGGAUUUUUCAUUUUAGGCAACACCAUGACCAAAAACAAUCUUUACAAACCAUCGACUGAGAUAAUAAAAAAUAAAAGAAAACUGUCAACAUGGGAUAAGCUUACGUCGGUGGGGCCAUUAACAGGGUUGGUUUCCUGGUCAUUUAUUUGUGGCGUGUUCUUGCAAGCUAUUUUAUCAUGGCAUCCUUAUAAUGUCUCCAGAAGAUUUGCAAACCUGCCCUAUGUUACAUGGGUGGUGACCUACAAUCUUGGAGCACUCACACUUUAUUGUCUGGUUGACCGUUUCUUUGAGAAUGGUAAGGAACCCACUAAGGUUCCUUCAACGUUGGAAGCUAUGAACAGCAAUGGUUUAAUACUAUUUUUGUUGGCUAACGUUUCAACAGGCUUAGUCAACAUGUGCAUUCCUACUAUAGAUGUUUCUGCGCACGUCGGAUUUUGUGUGAUACUACUAUAUGCUUUUUUCCUAUCCGUCAUAUCAAUUCUUCUACUAAAAAGGAAGAUAUUCAUUAAAUUGUGA